GGAUGAAUAAAAUGUUGGUGGUCCUCUGCACCAUGAUUCGGAGUUUCAACUUUCAACAAUGGUAGCUCAAGCUUUGUCAGUGCCUGCGAGUGCCAGUUUCACUAUCUCUUCACGCAGGAGAAGCCCUUCCCACCUCGUAUUUUCUCAUAGAAACCCGUGUUCGAAAGCAUCUUCCUUGCCAAACCCAUAUGGCCAUUCAUCAAAAUUUGGUUUAUCAAGUAAAAGUAGUGGCUUUCCCUUAAAACUUGAUGAGAAAAAUACUCAUGAUGCUAGUACAAGUUAUGGUCCAAUUGAAGGCAAGAAGGGCAAUCCACCACUAACCCCAGCAGUUUUGACUCCCGGAGGACCUCUUGACCUCUCGUCUGUUUUGUUCAGGAAUCGUAUAAUAUUCAUAGGGCAGCCGGUUAACUCACAAGUGGCUCAGCGAGUUAUGUCGCAGCUUGUGACUCUGGCUACUAUUGAUGAAAAUGCAGAUAUACUGGUAUAUAUAAAUUGCCCUGGGGGGAGCACAUAUUCAGUGUUGGCAAUUUAUGAUUGCAUGUCUUGGAUAAAGCCCAAGGUUGGUACUGUAUGUUUUGGAGUAGCUGCUAGCCAAGGAGCACUUCUCCUUGCAGGUGGGGAGAAAGGAAUGCGCUAUGCAAUGCCAAAUGCUCGUAUAAUGAUACAUCAACCACAGAGUGGAUGUGGGGGUCAUGUUGAAGAUGUGAAACGCCAAGUGAAUGAAGCUGUUCAAUCUCGCCAUAAAAUAGACAAGAUGUAUAGUGCUUUUACUGGACAGCCAUUAGAGAAGGUACAACAGUACACAGAGAGGGACCGUUUUCUGUCUGUUGCGGAGGCCUUGGAAUUUGGUCUUAUUGAUGGUGUCCUGGAAACAGAGUAUUGAACACAAGAUUAUUUGCAGGAUAUUUUCCUCAAAAGUUGAAAAUGUUAAUUAUUGUCAAACUGAUAUUGUAGAAUUGCAUUAAUUAAUGAUAAUUUGCACAUGUUGAGAGUGGUUUUUUCUUUUUAUUGCCUCAACAGUUAUGCAAUUAUUUGGAAGUUGACAUUAAUAUAAUGGUUGAUCUAGUUUCAAUU